CCGCGUUUGCGGUGCCGCUCAGACCCGUCGCGCGUCUGUCGCUCCCAGCGCUGCCGGCCCGAAGCCAUGCGUGAGUGCAUCUCAGUCCACGUCGGUCAGGCCGGGGUGCAGAUUGGAAAUGCCUGCUGGGAGCUGUACUGCCUGGAGCACGGCAUCCAGCCCAGCGGGACCAUGCCCAGCGACAGAGCCAUCGGCGGAGGCGACGAUUCCUUCAAUACCUUCUUCAGCGAGACUGGAGCAGGAAAACACGUCCCUCGUGCUGUGUUUGUGGACCUGGAGCCAGCAGUGAUAGAUGAAGUCAGGACUGGGACAUACAGGCAACUCUUUCAUCCCGAACAACUGAUAUCUGGUAAAGAAGAUGCUGCAAACAACUACGCUCGAGGUCAUUACACAGUUGGGAAGGAGAUAAUUGACUUGGUCCUGGAGCGCAUCAGGAAACUGUCAGACCAGUGCACUGGUUUGCAGGGUUUCCUGAUUUUCCACAGCUUUGGGGGAGGCACCGGCUCAGGUUUCACUUCCCUGCUGAUGGAGCGCCUGUCUGUUGACUAUGGGAAAAAGUCCAAAUUGGAAUUUGCCAUCUACCCUGCACCACAGGUCUCAACAGCUGUCGUUGAGCCCUACAACUCCAUCCUGACCACCCACACCACUCUGGAGCAUUCUGACUGUGCCUUCAUGGUGGACAACGAGGCCAUCUAUGACAUUUGCCGUAGGAAUCUGGACAUUGAGCGCCCGACCUACACCAACCUCAAUCGCCUCAUUGGUCAGAUCGUGUCUUCCAUUACUGCUUCCCUCAGAUUCGAUGGUGCCUUAAACGUGGAUCUCACGGAAUUCCAGACUAACCUGGUGCCUUACCCUCGUAUCCACUUCCCGUUGGUAACGUAUUCCCCAAUUAUUUCAGCAGAGAAGGCCUAUCACGAGCAGCUCUCUGUGUCUGAGAUAACCAACGCGUGCUUUGAGCCUUCCAAUCAGAUGGUGAAGUGCGACCCUCGCCAUGGCAAGUACAUGGCCUGCUGCAUGCUGUACCGGGGGGAUGUGGUCCCCAAGGACGUCAACGCUGCUAUUGCUGCUAUCAAAACCAAGCGCACGAUCCAGUUUGUGGACUGGUGCCCUACUGGUUUUAAGGUUGGCAUCAAUUACCAGCCACCAACAGUGGUUCCUGGUGGGGACCUGGCCAAAGUGCAGCGGGCGGUGUGCAUGCUGAGCAACACUACAGCCAUUGCUGAGGCGUGGGCUCGUCUUGACCACAAGUUCGAUCUGAUGUAUGCCAAACGUGCCUUUGUGCACUGGUAUGUUGGAGAAGGGAUGGAGGAAGGGGAAUUCUCAGAGGCUCGGGAAGAUUUGGCUGCACUUGAAAAAGAUUAUGAAGAAGUGGGCACAGACUCGAUGGAUGGAGAAGACGAAGGCGAAGAAUACUGAACACAGCCAAAGUGAAUUGCAGGUCUUCUCCAGGGCCUUCUUAUUAGCAGUGUAAAUCAUGUCUAAUGAUUGGAAUAAACUUCUUUAAGACAUCCA